GUUAUCGGCGCCCAGAUUUAGUAGCGGUAGAUCGAAUAUCUUUACAAUACAGCAUUACUAUUGAAAAAAUCGCCAAAUUCAAACUUCUUUACAAGGAAUAUGAGCCUGUAGUUGAUGAGUUACAAUCUAUUCUUGUUGACUUCCUUCCUGAACUUCAGCAAAAACUUAAUUUAGACUUUGUUCAAGUUGAACGUAUCAGACAAUAUAUUAAUGACAGAGCUUUAAUGUCCAACCUUCGUUGGCGCGUCGAAAACCAGGUGGACAAUCUCUCUAUCCAGGAUAUUAAUCAAGAUUUUAUCGAAAGAGGCCUUUUCUUUUUUCAUAAAACUGAUAAAUUCAAUCGUCCUUGUGCCAUCCUCAACUUACGUGAAUACGUUCGUGAAGAUGGUUCUCCUACCAUCGAAGAAGUAAAGAAAUAUAUCAUUUUCAAUGCUGAGGUGGCUAGAAGAUUGUUGUUGGAUAGGUCCAAAGAAUCAAGGGAUGGUCCAGUCUUACAAUAUGUUAUUUUAUUGGACUUAAAAGGUGCUGGAGUUUCUGCUCUGGAUGCUUUGAAUCGCAUUUUUUUCCUUUCGGAAAAUAAAGAACUCCUGGAUUUUUUCGAUGAGGAAAAUGUUUUGAUUGGUACGCCCAUAAUUAAUCUAUUUCCCCCCCCACGUUUUUCUAUUACCUGCCCUUUUUUGCAUGGUGGGUCUGAUACUUAUGAAUAUGAUUUGGAGACGUAUAAACCAUAUCAAUAUUAUGGAAUUCCUCCUCCUGCUUUACCUACUUUAAGUAGAAUUACAUCAUAUGAUUCUUUAUGCUCUCUAAAUGAUGUAUACUUCUCUGCUCCAACCACUCCAUAUCACAGUCGACCUCCGACCCCUAAACCUUCUUCCCCCGGUCUAGAUCACGUGCCAAAUUGGCUUAGAAUGACCCAGGUUUACACGUCUCCUUCCGUGCAAAUCGAUGCAAAACCUAUCCUUUCUCCAAGUCCUAUAAGGCCAAUUCCUCGUCUCUCCUCUUCUUUUAAUUCUCCACAUCUUCGCGUCUCUCAAAUUAAUCAGGAUGUGUCCGCAUCACCGUCGCAUAACCAUCUUAAUCAACCAUCUCUUCAUCCACUAACUCCUACUAUUUUAAUCAAUUCCGUACAAUACAAUCCUAAUCCUCCUCGUCUACGGAAUGAUUCUACCCACAAUAAUAUUUCUUAUGCCCAAAAGACUCAAAAAUCUCGUUCAAGAUUUUAUAGUCUAUUGUCUUUAUCAACUGACUUAAAGUCUUUCUUGCAAAAACUUUUAAGAAAAUUAAUCGCUCGAAAAGUAUCGGGUGUAUUAUAUUAUUUGGUCAUCAUGGUCUUAUUACGUGGCGGGUUAGUCGAUGAAUUUUGGCGAUUCUUAACUCAACAAAUAACUAUGCAACUCGGUUGGAGUGCAAGUACCACUACUGCUCUUACAACUGCUGCUUUAUCUGCCGCUUUAAGUGGUCGUGCGGACG